AUGCUAUGGCUCCUUAAUUGUGACUCCAAAUCCCAGGGUGCAGUUCUUCUUGGAAACUUGUGCAUCCUGGGAACUGAAGUAUCGGAACAGUGGAGGGAGGCCUUUCCCGGCGUGCAGUGCGAGGCUGCGAGCGAACUGGGGCGGUGGGGAUCCACCCGGAGGCGGGAGGCGCAGCCGCGGCCGGGGCGCGUCUGCGCUACUGACCUGGACGAGGUAGACCAUGACUGUCUCUUUGGUGGCGUUGCUCGCUGGCCCGCUUUUCCUGAGGUUUCCCUAAGCCACCCCCCUGGUGGAACCGCUCGCAGGUAUGGGCGGGCGGGCGUGGAGCGAGGGGCGCGCGGUCGCGAUCCUCCUCUGGGCGCGAGUGAAGGAUCGGCGAGGACCCCGCCCCCGCGCACCCGCCGCCUCACCUGCGCGCCGGGACCUUUGCGCCGGAGGAGUCAGCGGGGAGUGCAGGCUCCGGAGGGGAGGCUGGAACUGGUGCGGCCACUGCGGGGGGGCAGGGGCAAGGGGCCCGGCUCUCACGGUUCCCGUCAUUCACCUGGGCACGCAGGUGCCCUUCUCAGAAAGCACCUGUGGUGUUUACAACUCUUGUUGGUGCAAGUCUGGCUCUUCCCUCUUCUCUCGGCCAUUCUGGAGUAUGAUACGUUCUCAAGAAGCCAUAGUUUUCAUAGGGUCCCCAAUACCUACUCAUUUCAAAUUUCCUCUGGAUUAUUACAAAAACUCCUCCGACACCUGAAUGCCAUCCAUGAUGCCUUCCUUCCCCUUAUCUUUCAACUCUUAGCGGUCAUGUUCAAGUCAUUAACAACUGGAGUAGAUUUUAACAUCUAAAUAUGUCUUAACUCUAUUUCCUCCCAUCUCUGUUGUCGGGGCUCUAAUAUUAUAUAGCAGCAUGUUUUGGAAAAAUAAAAAUGCUGACCUCAUUUUUACAACUGUAAUACUUUAAACAAUAAAGAUAAAAAUAAUUUUAAAGUUGAAAAAAAUAGAUUUGAACUCUAAAAGGCAUUUUCAACUGUUUGGACUCGUGUCUUUCAUCGAUCUUUUUUUUAAAAGCACUUUUUUUUCCUUACUAUAAUUGAUAAUAAAUUUUUCUAUUAAAGUAAAGGAUAGGUUUCUUUACAAAACACAUGGUUCAGUAGAAAUAGCUUAGUAAAAAAUAAAAACAAAUAACUUUUGAGAGAGCUGUUUAAAGACAUCAGAUUUAUCAUUUUUCCUAAUCCUUUACUGAAAUAUGUCAAAUACUAUUCAUUAUUUUAAAAAAAACACCUAAAAGCUAUGUUCUACAUUAUAUCUGCAGAACUUAUAACUGGAAAUUUGUAACUUUUGAUCAGUCUUUUCUAUGUGUUCAUUUUUUUUUUUUUUUUAAGAUUCCAAAUGUGAGAGUACGAUAUUUCUCUUUCUCUAUCUGACUUUAUUUCACUUAAUACCCUCAAGGUCCAUUCAUGCAAAUGACAGGAUUUUCUUCGUUUUUAUGGCUGAUUAAUAUUUCAUCGUGUAUAUACACCACAUUUUUUGUAUCCAUUCAUCUCUCCAUGGACACUUUGUUUCCAUGACUUGGCUGUUGUAAACAGUCUGCAAUAAAUAUGGGGGUGCAGAUAUUUCUUCGAGAAUGGUUUUGUUUCCUUCUGAUAUUCGGGGUAGAAUUAGGGAUAAUAUGGUAGUUUUAUGUUUAAAUUUUGAGGAACCUCCAUACAGUUUUCCACAGUGGCUGCACCAGUUUACAUUCCCACCAGCAGUGCACAGGGUUCUUGUCUCCACAUCCUUGACAAAACUUAUCUCUUGUUUUUUGAUGACAGCCAUUCUGACAGGUGUAAGGUGAUAUCUCAUUGUGGUUUUCAUUUGCAUUUCUCUGAUGAUUGGUGAUGAGCAGCUUUUCAUUUACCUGUUGGCCAUUUGUGUCUUUGGGAAAAGUUCCUCGGCCCAUUUUUAAUCUG